AUGGAUCGGGACAUUGACGAUCUGCCGAAGAACGCAGCAAACUACACGGCGCUGACGCCGCUGUGGUUCCUGGAGCGGGCGGCGUAUGUUCAUCCGGAGAGGGCGUCGAUCGUCCACGGCACCCUCCGGUACACAUGGAGGCAGACCUACGAGCGCUGCCGCCGCCUCGCCUCCGCCCUCUCCAGCCGCUCGAUCGGCCCCGGUUCCACGGUGAGAUUCCCUACUCGCCUCCUAUCCGCCGCUCGAUGCCCGCCGUCUCUCCGUCCCCAUUCCGAGUCCGUUUCCUCGCCCGAAAUUUAAGUCACCAUUGGCUCUUUCUUUUUUUGUGAUUUUCCUCCUUCGUCCAUCCUUCUCCCCCCCCCCCCGCAUCCAUAUCGACGGAGCAAUAACCUACCGGCGAUUCCUCCAGAGAGGAUCCCCCUCCGUCCCUGCCAUGUCUCUGUUGGCAUCCCCUCUCCCCCUCCCAGACCUAUCAACAGGGAGGUUUUCCUCGACCCUAUAUUUUCUUGGUCUUUAUUUUUUGUCCAUUUGGUUCCCCCCCACGUUGACAUCAACGAUGACCGCUCCAUAAACGACUCGCCUUUUUGACCCUCCAACCCGCUAAAAAAGAGAAGAUAUUUUAGGAGCAUUUUUUAUUUUUGUAAUUCCAUGGGACAUCUGAGCCGAACAUCACCCUUUACUUUUGUCCUUGGAUGCGGACCCGAAUCUGCCUCAAUCGGUCAUCUCUGGAGCAAUCGAGCGGACAGUUGGAAAGCGGCUGAAAUUGAUGCUCGCAGAAUAGUUUCAUCUGGGUCGAAGCAUGAAAAAUCAUGUCGAGAGAUAGAGAGAGAGAGGGCUGCUGGAAGCCAAGAUAACAGAACCUGUUCUCUGCGGUUUCUCAGGUCGCAGUAAUCGCGCCGAAUGUCCCCGCUAUUUUCGAAGCUCACUUCGGAGUCCCAAUGGCGGGAGCGGUGGUGAACACGGUGAACAUCAGGCUAAACCCUCCAACAGUCGCCUUCCUACUGGAGCACUCCGUCGCCGAGGUGGUGAUGGUCGACCAGGAGUACUUCACUCUGGCGGAGGACGCGUUGAAGAUCAUGGAAGACAAGAAAAAGCACAGCUUCCGGCCCCCUCUCCUGAUCGUCAUCGGCGACGAGACCUGCGACAGGCGGACGCUUCAGUAUGCGCGAAGCAAGGGGGCCAUGGAGUACGAGGAGUUCCUGCGGUCCGGCGACCCCGAGUUCGCAUGGAGGCCCCCUGAUGACGAGUGGCAGAGCAUCGCCCUGGGGUACACCUCCGGGACGACGUCCAGCCCCAAGGGCGUGGUGCUGCACCAUAGGGGCGCCUACAUCAUGGCCCUCAGCGGAGCUCUCAUCUGGGGAAUGAACGAGGGGGCCAUUUACCUGUGGACUCUCCCCAUGUUUCACUGCAACGGCUGGUGCUACACUUGGACCCUGGCCGCCCUCUGCGGGACGAACAUAUGCCUCCGCCAGGUACGAUGGUCGCCGAUCGGCUUGCUUGUCCAAGAUGGGCAAUGUGACGAUUAGGGUUUUUAUCAGAUGGUGGUGCCUCUGCAGGUAUCGGCUCGGGCUGUCUACUCGGCCAUAGCCAACCUCGGCGUGACUCACUUCUGCGCAGCCCCUGUCGUUCUCAACACUCUCAUCAACGCAGCCCCCGGAGAGGUCAUCCUCCCCCUUCCGCGCACCGUCAACGUCAUGACCGCUGGGGCAGCUCCUCCAGCUUCGGUGCUCGCCGCCAUGUCCUCGCUCGGUUUCAGGGUCACCCACACCUACGGCCUCUCUGAGACGUACGGGCCGUCUACAGUAUGUGCGUGGAAGCCCGAGUGGGAUCUGCUGCCGGCGGACGCUCGCGCGCGCCUGCACGCCCGGCAAGGCGUUCGCUACAUCGGCUUGGAAGGCCUCGACGUCGUCGACAUGAAAACGAUGGCCCCCGUCCCCGCCGACGGCAGUACGCUGGGGGAGAUAGUGUUGCGGGGAAACACCGUCAUGAAGGGGUACCUGAAGAACCCGGAAGCUAACAACGAGUCGUUCGCCGGCGGCUGGUAUCAUUCCGGCGACCUGGCGGUGAAGCAUCCGGACGGGUACAUCGAGGUGAAGGACCGCGCCAAGGACAUCAUCAUCUCCGGCGGGGAGAACAUCAGCAGCUUGGAGGUGGAGAGCGCGAUGUACAGGCACCCCGGGGUGCUGGAGGUCUCGGUGGUGGCUCGCGAAGACGAGCAGUGGGGGGAGUCGCCCUGCGCCUUUGUCACUCCCAAGGGAAAGGUGGACCCGAGCAACGAGCAGGCGCUGGCCGAGGACAUCCUCAACUUCUGCCGUGAGAAACUCCCCGGCUACUGGGUUCCCAAGUCCGUUGUGUUCGGGCCGCUCCCCAAGACCGCGACUGGGAAGAUCAAGAAGAACCUGUUGAGGGAGAAGGCCAAGGAGAUGGGUCCGGUGAGGAAGAGUAGGCUGUAG